AUGGCUUCUCCCCCGGACAAUUCCUCUGUCCUUUCUGGCACCCUCUCGUCAUCCCCUAAGACAAUCCGAGGCAAUUCUGAGCAUUCGCACUCGCCUGUGCGAACUCGAAAUAGUGCUGCCGAUGACGACCUCAUCCCGCGAGCACGGAUGUCGCCGACCUUGAACCGGUCAUUCAACUUCAACGACCCAGAUGUCAGAGAACGGCAGCGUGCAAUGGAUGCUGACAUGGCCAUGCACCUCUCGCGAGCACGAAGCAACACCAUCGGUGUGUCGCCCUCAGCCAUCACUCCCCCGCCCAUCCCACGACCAUCAGGGGAGCGCGAGGAUACCAUCUUCUCCGCGCUUUCGAGGCAGGAAGAGCAAGACCUGACACUGGCCAAAGGCGUGGCGCACGUUCAUGGCGAGCAAGAUGAAGCGCCAGACACCUUCCAGCACACAGGUCCAGGGCCGGAGACGCAGCUAAACCAUCUUAGUGCCGGCCAUGAACCAUCUCUACUCGUUUCGAUUGUCGGACCGGAGCGCGAGCAGGAUGACACGGGAGGUCUGCCCAUGUAUCAGGCGAGUACUCUUACAGAGCAGCAGCAGUACGACUUUUCGCUCCUCGAGUCGUAUGCGCGUGAGGAGAAAACUCGCCUAGGCAUUCACUCUCCUACAUCCCCGAGUCCGCCAGAAGGCCCGCUGUCCAGCAGUCAGACGACAGCCAGCACCGUCCUGCAGCAAGAUGGCUCGAACGGCAUUGGGGACUUCGCCAUGCCCAUGCCUGCUCCCAGAGCACGGCAGCGCAAACUCAGCCAAAGCAAACCCGGCCCACGCCGUGCAAAAAUGGCACUUUUUGAGCACAACGCAGGCGGACCACCACCCGCUUUGAGCUAUCGACCGUCACUUAGCGGUGGAGGUCAGAUUCUCAGCGCCGUUCCCUCCUAUGACAACCUUCCCGCCACCAAUGCGCCCGACUUCGGAAGGCAGCAUACCGGCGGCUCGGGUCACGAUAGACCAUAUCGCUUCUCAUUCUACUCGAAUGCUCUGUCAGCCACAAUCCACGCGCGGAGCCUCAGCGAGCUGCCUGCAGAAGACCAGACGUUCGAGGACUUGUUCACAGGCCUGAAUAACUCGGAAAUUCGCCCGGAAGGAGGGAAUAUCUCGCGGCCUGGAACCAGCAUGGGUUUCCAUGGAAAUGGUGUGUCGCAUAGACCGGGAGGCGUCAUGUCACCGAAUCCUUCAUCGCAUCCCCCUGUACAUCCAUCUGGGCUUUCAAAAAUGGCGGGUAACGAGUUACGAAAUCGGACGAAUACCAUGAAUGGACCAGGGAUGUCGAAUGUGGAUGGGAACACGUGGUGGUUGGAUGUACAAUCACCGACAGAUGAGGAGAUGAAGCUGCUCAGCAAGGUAUUUAGCAUACAUCCGCUGACCACUGAAGAUAUUCAGAUGGAGGAAACUCGCGAGAAGAUUGAGCUCUUCAGGAAUUACUACUUCGUAUGUUUCCGCAGUUUUGAGCAAGACAACCUCAGUCCGACAUAUCUCGAACCGUUGAAUAUGUACAUCAUCGUCUUCAGGGAAGGCAUUCUCUCAUUUCACUUCCGUCCAACGCCUCACCCCCAGAAUGUCCGCCGCCGCAUCAAGCAGCUUAAGGACUACAUCAGCGUGACAUCCGACUGGAUAUCCUAUGCCCUCAUCGAUGAUAUCACGGAUGCCUUCGGUCCGCUCAUUCAGGGAAUCGAGUAUGAGGUCGACAGUAUUGACGAGCUCGUGCUGAUCCUCAAAGAGGCGGAGCAGAGCGACAUGUUACGGAGGAUAGGGACCUGCCGCAAGAAGGUCAUGGGUCUUCUGCGACUAAUGGGCAACAAAGCGGACGUCGUGAAGGGCCUUGCGAAGCGGUGUAAUGAAAAUUGGCGCGUCGCGCCAACGUCGGACAUCGGACUCUACCUCUCGGAUAUCCAAGAUCACCUGAUUACGAUGACGCAGAACCUGAAUCAUUACGAGAAGAUCUUGUCGCGGUCGCACAGCAACUACCUCGCCCAGAUCUCGAUCGAGAUGACGGACGCCAACAACCAGAUCAACGAUGUCUUGUCGAAGCUGACUGCGCUCGGUACGGUGCUCAUUCCCAUGAACUUGGUGACCGGUCUCUGGGGAAUGAACGUGCAUGUGCCCGGUCAGGAUGACAUGACGUCAUAUAUAUGGUUCGGUUCUAUUGUCGGCGUCCUCGCCGCAUUUGCAGUAAUUGCGGGAUGGGGUACAUACAAGCUCAUGAUCGGACGGUAG